AUGGAUCAAGUUGUGUUGCUGGAGCUUCAUGUACUGAAUUUUCUAAUAAAUAAUUCUGUAUUAAAUCCAAUUAUAGAAUAUUCCUUUGCGUUAAUGGAUCAUGAUAUGAUCAUGACAGAUGCGAGGAUGCUAUCCAAAAACACAUCCAGAAUUUUAAGCAUUCUCAUCAUUAUGCACAGCCAAUUGAGAUUCAUGUAUUCCAAUUACUAAUUGACUUCUUCUGCUGUAGGAACUAUGGAGGUUGUGGAUGGUUACCAACUGGAAAAUGUUAAAAGUUCCGAUAAUGCACAGACGCUGUUGCUGCUACAAAUGAUGAAUAUCUCUUAUAUGGAUCAAUAUGUAUUACUGAUUGAACUUCUUGUAUUGCCAAAUCAACUUGUGCUACCUACAAGGCACAAACAGCUUGUAAUAGAUUUGAAACUGAUGUGA